AUGGAAACGCAAAAAGGAUUGUUUACCAAGUUGGGAGUAUUCGGCGCUAUUGCCGUCACACUUGCUUUGGCUGGGAAAAGACAUAUUUCAAUGAGGAAGGAUAUCAGACAUAGAAGCGACAGUGAUGCGCUUGUAGAUACGAAACAACGGGAGUUUGAAAACAAAACUUUGAGACCAGGGGUUCCCAUGAAUGAUGGUGAGACUAAAUACAAAAGGGAAUCGAAGUUCGUUGGAGCGGGAUCUUCGUACUCGAGCAGAAAGCCUGGAGACAGGCUCUCGAUCAUGGCAUACUUCGGAUGGGACUAG